GCCCCACACUAUCUUUAUCUACUUUUCUUCCCACCAAAGUCUCUUUUAGUCUCCACUGUCUCUUUUCUUUCCUCACAUAAACACCUCCCAAGUUUCCCAAUUCCAUCAUUAUUUUCAUUUUUCUCCCAUAAUCUCAUUAGCUCCAACAAUCAAUCCCAAGUUAAUUACAUAGGGAAAGCUUGAAAGAUGUCGGAUUGGGGUCCAAUUUUUGUGGCUGUGGUGCUAUUUGUACUCUUAACUCCGGGUCUGCUCUUUCAAGUGCCUGGGCGCAAUGGGUGUGUGGACUUUGGUAACUUUCAGACGAGUGGUGCAUCCAUACUGAUUCAUUCCCUACUUUACUUUGGUCUCAUUUGCAUCUUCUUGUUGGCUGUCAAGGUUCACUUGUACCUUGGUUGACCCCUCUACAAAAAAACAAAAAACAGAGAGGGAAAUAUUGAUAUUGGGUGUGUGUUUUUUUUCUUCAGUUGGAACUUGAGUUUAGUGUUCUUCAUUUAUGUGUUAAUCCUAGUUAUUGAGUAAUAAUAUUGAGAAGGGCUUUUGAUUUGAGUUUUUCA